CGCGUAAACCUCAUCGUCUUUCUCCCUCGCUCGCGCGGCUGCGGUUGCGUCUUCCGCUUCCGACCGCGACCCACUCCCACCAUUACCGUCGGAUUCGGAGAUUGCUCCGCCACUCCGGCGCCCCACACAUCGCCGGCGAAAAUGCUAAUAUCUCCUAUGCUCGCCGCGCCGCCCCCUCCUGCAGCCGCUGCAAGCCCGCGCUGCCGCGGCUUCCUCCCGGCAGCUGCGGCGACGGGGAGUCGACGCCACCGGGGAGGGUGCCGCUUGCUUCGCCGCUCCGCACCUCCCAGGGUCGGCGCCGUCACGAGCACCGUACGAACGCGGCGUGAAGAGGGCCGCCUCGACCGUGACGAGCUCCGGAGGCUGUGCCAGGAGCCUAACCCGGAGGCAGCCGUUAACCUGCUCGACGAAAUGCUCGUGCGAGGCGGCGCUGGCGCAUUGGCCGACCUCGCGCCGGAGGAGCAAGCCGCGGUUCUCCAGGCCUGCGGAGAGGCGCGGUCGCUGGCGUCGCUCAGGCGAGCGCACCGAUUGCUGUCCAAGUCCCUGCCCGGGAUCGCCACGCCCAUCCUGCACAUGAUCUCCACGCUGUACUGCAAGCUCGGCGCCCGCGGCGACGCGCGGCGAGCACUCGAGGGAGCGUCGAGGCCGCGGGGGAAGGAUCAUGAGCAGGAGCAGGAGCACGGCGACGAGGCGAAGAGGCGGGAGGCGUACGAGAAGGUGCGGGAGCUGCACGAGGAGAUACGCGCGGCGGGGUACGUGCCGGACACCCGCUACGUGCUGCACGACAUCGACGAGGACGCCAAGGCCCGCGCGCUCAUGUACCACAGCGAGCGCCUCGCCAUCGCGUUCGGGCUGGUCAGCACGCCACCGGGCACCCCGCUCCGCGUCAUCAAGAACCUCCGCAUCUGCGGUGACUGCCACAAUGCCGUCAAGCUCAUCGCCAAGGUCACCGGCCGCGAGAUUGUCGUCAGGGACAACAAGCGCUUCCACCAUUUCAAGGACGGCGCCUGCUCCUGCGGCGAUUACUGGUGAGGUGAGCCAUCUCUCCACCACUACUGUCAUUGACACCCAUUGUUAUAGUUGAAUUCCUUCACUACGGUUGUACAUUGUUACUGCUACUGGAUCAUGUCAGUGAUGAAGAAAUGAUGAUUCACUUUGCUUAGCCAA